UCUAUAGUUUGAAGAAACCAUUCCACAUAAAAAAGUUCUCUACUAUGCAAAAUGAAACCCAUUGCAAUUUAUCUCUUUGCUUCUGCACUUCUCAUCCUUGUUAUUCUCAAAAUAAGAACUAGCAAUUCUUCUUCAAAUCUUCCUCCAGGACCAUCGAAAUUACCUAUUAUCGGCAAUCUGCACCAAUUAGCAGUCGGUGGUCCUUUAAUCCACAAAGUCCUUAGAGAGUUUGCUAAAAAACAUGGACCAUCAAUGCACUUGCAAUUUGGACAUGUCUCUACUAUAAUUGUUUCCUCACCAGAAACUGCAAAACAAGUGAUGGAAACUCAUGACAUAGUCUUUGCAGCAAGGUCUCAGCCCCUUUCUGCUAAGAUUAUUUCUUAUGAUUCCGUCAACGUUGGAUUCGCUCCAUAUGGCGAAUACCGGAGACAGAUGCGUAAAAUUUGUGUACUUGAUCUCCCAAGUACCAAGCGUGUUCAGUCCUUCCGUUCUUUCAGAGAAGAAGAGUUCACAGGUCUGGCUAGAUUGCUGGUUAGCCAUGCUUGAUCCCCUGUUAAUUUGACUCAAAUGCUACAAACAAUCAUGUUGGGAUUCACUUCCAGAGCAGCAUUUGGAAAAAACUACAAGAACCAAGAAAAGUUCAUAUCUAUAUUAAUUGAACUUCUUAAAGUGGGGACUGGCUUUAAUACUGCUGAUUUUUACCCUUCAAUCAAGUGGCUUCAAGAUAUAAGUGGUCUCAGGACAAAACUAGAGAAGCUU